GGUGCACUUACCAAAGGUGACAGACGAGCAGCGACUGGGGCCGACUUAACGCAGUUUAAUUUUGACACGCCUUACGGCCGAUCUGCACUCAGGAACAUGUACCAAGCCAUUACUUUGGUAUGUCAGACAGCCUGUUUCGGGAUAAAAGAUAUUAGCGUAGUAACUAGCUAAAUUGUUUUUUAUUCUCGAUAUUUUUGACCAACUAGUUGGAUUUUACUAAAACAAUUAUUCCUCUCGCCCUCAUGGCCUCUUAGUCAAUAGCCCAUUCGGCCUUCGGCCUCAUGGGCUAUUGACUCAGAGCCCAUUCGGGCUCGAGGAAUAAUUGCUAAAAAUCCCACGUUGAAGCACCCCUCGGUUUUAAACCCUCUCCCGGAUCUAAGUCCAUCUCUUUGCUAACGAAGAUAUUACAUAUUCCGGAUACAAGUCCCCCGGAUAUAAUCCCCCCCUUCCCUAUUUAUAAGCCUACCCAAAACUCCUGAAGACGUUAUAUAAGCCCAGGCUUUUAACGUGAGAUUUUACGGUAUCGGUAUGUCAGAGGUGGUCACGAAUUAGAACCAUGUGUGCUUGUUGCUUGUGUCAUCUACGACCGAGCGUUUUUUAUUUGAACUUGGGACUUAUUUUGCCUUUUUUUUUCAGCAGUCCAUUUGUCCCGGAGUUGCCUUGUCUAAGGUUCUGUUAGCAGCACAAAUUCCCGACAAGCAUGAAUUCACAGAGUUUAACUCCAUCGCAAGGGUGAGUUUUACUUCGUUGGUCGCGAACGUGGUUAAAAUUCUUGUUUAAUUUCUCUCCUUAAAAGUGGAUUUGGAAACAAAAUUUAUGAUGUCAGAGACAAUUUUAUAUGGCAGUUAGGCAGCGAUAUUGCUUCAUAAAAAUUUUGGGCAACACGUGGGAAUGGAUAAAGGAAAAACGUCAUUUUGUAAUAACAUAUAAUGCGAUCAGUAAAAAAUGACUUGAUAGGAAAAAUUAGAGAGACCUUGAAUAGUGGCAACUCAAUACCCCAACAGCUAUUUUGUAACCACCAACAAUUUCUGCAGCUUUAGGAAACCUUUGUGGAAACAGGAGAUACAUUAGUAGCCUGUUUAUAAUAAUAAUAAGCAUUUGGAAAAAUGUAAGCUCCUUGUUUGUCUUGUCCCAUCGCGUUUCUUGCUCCUUAGCAUGGCGUAUUUGUACCACGUGACUAAAGCACUACAAAGCGCCCAUUUCGUUCGGUAGUCUAGCGCGCGCCAUAGACGAAACUAAACUCUGGUUAAGUCUGUCUACGAAAAAGCGCCGAAAUCCUUGUUCUGGGCCCCACUUGUGUACUAGGAUUUGAUUAUGCGCCAUGAUUGGCCUUUUAAAAAUGCCAUUGUCCAUUUGCCAAUCAGGUUGAAAAGAAACUGGAAACGCACUUCUGGCAAAACGCUUAUUCCGUUGUGGGCCCAGAACAAGGAUCUCGGCGCUGUUUCGCAGACAUUACUUGGAAUUGCCUCUCAGAAAUAUGAAAAAAUCAAAUCGGCAAGUUUAAAUUUACGCAACUCAGCAUAAAAGCGACUCUAGCAUAGGAGGAUUUGAAGAUUUUAGUACAGCAUAGGGUAGAAAACUUCAGCUGCACUAGCUUUAGUAUAGGCUAAGGGUUACAGGGUCCCGGCGGCACAUCCCCGCCCAAAAAAUCCUGAAAAGGUACCACCCCCCCCCCCGGGGGGGUUAGAUUACAUAUGCGACGUAGGCUAUUGGUAGUCCAGUUUCACAUUAGUGUUUACUUAUGAAGAAAGUCUUUCUCAAAGGUAGUCCAUUACAUUUACCGAGGUGUCCAAAUGACUGAAUUACUCUCAAGUUUAACAAAGCCCUGUUUUCUUUCGUUUCACAGCAAUGUCCAUGGGAGUAACAGACGCCAGUUUCGUGGUGAAAGACAAAGACGCCAGCGAUGUGGGAAAAUUUCUCAACCGUAUUUUGGGUCUUAGUGUGGAAAGACAAAAUUUGGUAAGUACAAAGAUCCUUCCUGUUUGGUGGCAAUGAAACGUACGUUUGAGGGGAAGUUCUGGGACUACCCUUGUUUCCUAACUUUUUCUGAUUUCUCAGUCUUCUUUUAUCAGUCGAUUUCCCACUCUUCUUUUAUCGAUCGAUUUCUAUAUCAGUCUUCUUUUAUCGUUCGAUUUCCCGCUCUUCUUUUAUCGAUCGAUUUCUCAGUCUUCUUUCAUCGUUCGAUUUCCCACUCUUCUUUUAUCGAUCGAUUUCUCAGUCUUCUUUUAUCGAUCGAUUUCUCAGUCUUCUUGUAUCGAUCGAUCGAUCGAUUUCUCAGUCUUCUUUUAUCGAUCGAUUUCUCAGUCUUCUUUUAUCGAUCGAUUUCUCAGUCUUUUUUUAUCGAUCGAUAUCUCAGUCUUCUUUUAUUGAUCGAUUUCUCAGUCUUCUUGUAUCGAUCGAUUUCUCAGUCUUCUUGUACCGAUCGAUUUCUCAGUCUUCUUGUAUCGAUCGAUUUCUCAGUCUUCUUUUAUCGAUCGAUUUCUCAGUCUUCUUUUAUUGAUCGAUUUCUCAGUCUUCUUUUAUCGGUCGAUUUCCCACUCUUCUUUUAUCGAUCGAUUUCUCAUUCUUCUUUUAUCGAUCGAUUUCUCAGUCUUCUUUUAUUGAUCGAUUUCUCAGUCUUCUUUUAUCGGUCGAUUUCCCACUCUUCUUUUAUCGAUCGAUUUCCCACUCUUCUUUUAUCGAUCGAUUUCUCAGUCUUCUUGUAUCGAUCGAUUUCUCAGUCUUCUUGUAUCGAUCGAUUUCUCAGUCUUCUUGUAUCGAUCGAUUUCUCAGUCUUCUUGUAUCGAUCGAUUUCUCAGUCUUCUUUUAUCGAUCGAUUUCUCAGUCUUCUUGUAUCGAUCGAUUUCUCAGUCUUCUUGUAUCGAUCGAUUUCUCAGUCUUCUUGUAUCGAUCGAUUUCUCAGUCUUCUUGUAUCGAUCGAUUUCUCAGUCUUCUUGUAUCGAUCGAUUUCCCACUCUUCUUUUAUCGAUCGAUUUCUCAGUCUUCUUUUAUCGUUCGAUUUCUCAGUCUUCUUGUAUCUUUGUCAGAACUAGUCGGCCAAACUGGUCAUAAUGAAAAUGAAAUGUUUACCAAAAACCCAUCACUGCCGCGCAUACAUUUUAGAGAUAAACAGAUCUGUCCGGAUAGUCCUGAUUGAAAGUGGAAUUCUCCUGGCGGUUGUACUGGUCUGGCCAGCCAGUUCUGACAAAUUGUAAGUGCCCUAAGACUUUCUGUUAUCGAGUUUCCUUUUUUGUUUCUGUUUUCUAUUUUCGUGGUGUUACUCAAUCAGUCGCGUUUUUAGCGCUCAUGGAAUUCGAAUUUUGAAUGAGUCUGAUAUCCAGAUUUUACCGCUCCUUCAGGGUAUAGGGAAGAGGAGAUGGCUGACACCACAAACUCGGCUUCGGUAUCUCAAAUAUAUAACUUUCUCCUCUACACCGGUAGCUCGCUAGUAUAGAACAGACGCUUCUGCCUUCCCAAGCUCACUAACCCAGUUUACACCCACUUUUCUGCUGCGCUACAUCUCACGUGACCACACCCCUUGUGCAAAGCACUUUGCGAUUUUUGCUCAUAAGAAAUGUUUCAUUGUCUCCUGUUUUAUUUGUAGUUAUUCUCGUACUUUUGUGAGUGCCUAAAUGCUGCAAUUGAAACUGCAAAGCGCGAAGGAAGGUAAGUAUUGUUUUUGUUACUGACCAGUUAAUUUCUAAGAAACUAAGUUCUUCACCCCGAAGCGUCGAUCUCUCAUAUUAAGCUUAGGGUCAAUAAAGCUUGGUUCUUGCACGAUAAGAAAUGUGUCGCAUGCAUCCUCGAAAAAACAUUGGUCUCGCAUUCAUACCCUGGACACAAAUGAAUAAUAUUGCGUGAUAAUUCUUAGGUAUAGUGAAGGCGUGACAGACGUAUCUGGAUCUUCAAUCACGAUGGUCGGCGCUGCCCAGCCUGUUUUUAGCGACUUUCAAAGAGGCCUCAUGGAAACAAAGUGAGUAGUCUUAAUGAAGAUAUGACCCUUCCCAGUCGUGAACGCAAUUUAAGCAAUUGCAAAUUUAGCCCGAAGUUACUAUUAAGUCAAUUCUUAAGGUCAUUCUUCUGUAGUAGAACCUGCAGUGAGAGUUUUGUCAAACUUUGCCGAUUGGAUGUUGUUUGAAAUAAAAUCGCGGGGUCCCCAAUCCCCUUACUCGUUUUGGAGCGCGAACAACUUGUAAGUGCGCAGUGAUUCCUUGAGAUACCAAGGGAGCUUCCGCAUCAACGACGGCGAUGGCAGCGAAAACGUCACUUUUAAAAUGAAUUUGAGUGGGUUUUUUUGGCGUGCUUAUUCCAGUUCAAUGACAGUGUCAAACUGUAGCGGGUGAAUUUCUUGGGGACCGCACUCAAGUUUAGAUAGAGAAGGAAAAAAAUUCUUCCUCGCUUGUUUACGUCCCCCAUAAACGUGAAAUUAGGCAUUUUCACAUCAUAGUUGUGCAGUGACGGCAACGAAAUGUAGAAAAAUGUGUGAUGCACGUGCGAAGUUGUUGUUUAGCUAAUAUAAACCUAAGCCCCGUGCAAACGGACGCAACUUAACAUUGUUGGCCAACAACUCCCAACAUUGUUGGAUGUUACAUGUUGCGUCCGUUUGCACAUCCUGUUGGAUGUUGUUGGAUGUUGUUGCGUGUUGUUGCGCAAAGUUUGAAACCGGUCAAACUUUUCAGCCAGCGACUCCCAACAUUUCUUUUCUUCCGUGAUCGCCGAAACGUAGCACAACAAUGUUGGAUCCGUUUGCACAACUCUUCCAACAUUGUUGGGGCCACGCACGCUCAUUACGCAUGGUUUACAAAGACUCAGGGGUUGUAUCCUUCCCACGAUGCACUGCAGGUCCCAACAUUGUUGGGAGUUGUUGCAUCCGUUUGCACACCACUGCCAACAUGCACGCAAUAACUCCCAACAUUGUUGGCGCAACAAUGUUGGGAGUUGUUGCGUCCGUUUGCACUCAGCCCUAUGAUUUUUUACCUUUCUGGUUGCAGUCGCCGUCGUCAUUAGGGACCUUAAGAUCCGACGACGGCGACGGCAACGGGAACGCCACAAAAGCAAUAGGUUUAAUUAGCAAAACAACAAUUUUGCAGGUGCAUCACGCUUUUUUGUACAUUUCUUUGCCGUCACUGCACGACACAGAGGAAGUACACAAGCGACGGCUAAAUUUCCUCUCUCUUUCUGUACUUGGCUAUGGUUCUUAGGAAUUCAACUUUAGGAUGGUUCGCCUACAUUUGAAGAAGUUAGUGACUUGGAGUAAUCGCGAUGAAGAUUGAAAGAACACGAAUUCACUUUUUCAGCGACGUUUUCUCUGCCGUCGCCGUCCUCGGAUCUUAAGGUCCCUAUUGCUAAAGCUCCCGACUAUGAUAAUAUUUAUGAGUACAUGUUUUGAACACGUUUCCGACGGUCGUCUCUCUUUGUACGGUAGAAAUUAGUCUUAAUUUAUUCAAGAAGAAGAACGUUACUGCUCAUUUUAAAAGAAGAGAAAAAAUAAUAGGUCACCGUUCUCGUUUACGAGAAAAUGAAGAUUUAACUCUCUGGGGAGCUCCAGUCUCAAGGCAAAAGCCGCCUUGUUUUAAGUGCGUGCGUCCUGUUAUGAUUGUUGGCGCGGGCUAAUCAAGCGUGAAGUAAUGCGCAAUGCAAUACGAAGGAAUAACCUGAAAUCCCGUCUCAGUUAUUUUCAUUUCUUUUUUCAGACGUAUGACUGUAAACGUUGAUCGCGGAAUAGGCUGGGAUUCGGCAGUGAAGCAGUUACAAGACAAUGGAAAAAACAAGUUUGACGGGUUUUAUUGUUCCAAAAGGGAACAGAAAGGGAGACGGCUUUACCUUCUAGCGAUACAAAAGGAAUCGUCCACCCAUCUUUUUAACAUUACAAGGUAAAUGUAAGGGCGAAAAACUGCUUUUCACCGAUGUGAACGCCCAAAAGUUCCAAUUUUAGGUUGGUUGGUUGGUUUAAAUACCGUAAAUCCUCUAUACAGCCCUGCCCUCUCUCUUAAAUAAGCACCUUCCCCUCUAACGUUUCAUCUGGACUAAUCCGGUAUGCUUCAUUAACCAGAUUCAGAGACUUGAAGUUGUGAUUUCUUCCUGUAAACGAUAAAGUACAUGCGAUUAAGCCUCCCAGGAUCUAAGCUCCCGGCGCGUCCAAACGAAUGAAAAUGAAUUCGAUUUAUUAUGACAUUUUGAAGCUUGCUUAAAAACCAGUAAAUGCUAAAGGUUUCUUGUUCAGCACUGCUAUAGAAUGUUUCGAAGCGCCUUUUCUAUUUCGGUUAUUAGCCCCUUCGUUUAUUAGCUCUCUUAAAACCCCUUAAGAAAAUGUAUAAACCCAGGGCUUAUAAGCGACAUAUUACGGUUGUGGAAUUUCUACCCAAAGAUAAUUUCCGCUUUUACUUCGUUUUGUUUUUGUGCAGACCAAACACAGGACGGUCUCCUUUUGAAGAAGAAAAAGCCGAUCUUCUGCACAAGUAUAAUAGGAUUUCAGUGGAAGAUGCAGGUAAGGGAGGCGGGCCUCGUCAGGCUAUCUUUUGUAUCUACCACCGGGAAGCCGUGUGAAAUCAGAAGUGCUGUCCGCGUGUUUUACUGUGAUUUGUUUGAAAUCUAGUACACUGCACGGGUGCCAGCCCGUCCUAAUUUGUAAAAGAUAGGCGAAUAUUCCUGGAGCUAAAUUCUUAAAAACUGUAGUUAUCUUCAAAAAGAGAAAUAAAAAUUCGUUGUCGUCUCGUUCUCCAUAAAACGUCGCUUUAGGGGGUUUCACGUCCUAGUCGUGCAGUGGACGUUAAAGAAAUGUACUAAAAAGCGUAGUGUACGUGUAGAGCUAUUGUUUUGUUCAUAAAAUGAAUUUUUUGAUGUUCUCGCUGCCGUCGUCGUUGUGGUUGCAGAGCUUUUGAAAUGAAUGCCAGUAAAUAAAAAAAAUUCUUUUGUUGUAACUUCAUGUUUUGCUAAUCGUUUAACAGGUUACACGAAAAGUAAAACUCGUAAAAUGUCAAGUACUUUGAUUGGUCAGGAACUAAAUACUGUUGUAUGCUUUUGAUUCAUUAGAAGCUGGAUGGAAAGCACGGUACGAAAGAACCAGAGAUCACUGUAUUCACGGAUUAGGCUGCAAGACUGGACCUUCUUGUAAAAGUAAGUGAAAACUUUAUUACAGUGGUGUAUUCCUUAGAAGUCUCCUUAAGAGACCACGAGGAAGUGACCCGACAAAAUGAUUUAAUCCUUCUUUAAACGAAUAACUCCGACAAUUUGUUAAUGAAUGAACGAAUAAACUUUAUGAACGUGUCAAUACAAUAUCUAGUAGAGAGGAAUCCCUCAUCUAAUAGGGGACACCUAAAGCGCGAUACAAUGGUGACAUUCAGUUGGAAUAAAACGAAUUUUUUAAAUUUACAGUGAGCACGAUACAGUGAAAAGUUAUCAACUUGUUAGUGGCCAGCUUUAAAAAAAUACGUAACGUUGAUGGGUAAUGUGGUCCAUGAUUAAGAUAUGGUCAUGCUAUCUUUCUUUAUCCCAUCCCAACCCAGCCCAUCCUAUCCUAUCCCAUCCCAUUCCAUUCCAUUCCGUCCUAUCCUGACCUGUUCAUUAGAAAGAAAAGACAGCAUAAUAGCAUUCUAAUAUCAAUACCUUAUAUGGUUACUUGGUAUUGGCCAUUUUGAGGUUGCGCGUCAGGUUCAGGUUGUUGGUAUGUCGAGAGCACUUUGAUCCCUUUUGGGACGCUAUGGCUUCACUCAUUGGCUGUUACGAGGUUGCGCAAGAAACUGGGUUAAAAUUUCUCUCGCAAAACAGUCCCAUAGUGCAAUUGGACCGACCACUCUGUGGUCAAGUGUGAUAUUUCACAUAUAUCUACAUGAAGUCAAGCGGCAACCAUAAAAUGGCUAAUCAUUGGAUCGAUGACCGUUUCUGGAAAAACUCCCAACCUCCGAACCCCUAACCCAUGUUUCUUUCCUAAAGCCACCCGUUAGGGAGAAACGAGAGUUAAGGUGGGUUGGGAAGGACCCAGAAACUGUAAAUAAUUCGACGAGAUCCCGUUUUUGUUUGUUUGUCAGCCGGCUGUCGCAUUACUCAGAUCCAUUUAUUGUGUGGUGGAAUUAUUCCUCUGUUGUCUGCGUUGGAGAUGGCCAUGGCUAAAAAUGCUGAUAAAAUUGGUCUCAGGUAAGUAACUCUUAAUCCCUUCGGUUCCAAAAGAACUGAUUAUCAAAAGCAUGAAUCGCUAUAAAAGCCAAAGCACUGCUAAAAAGGUUAUAUGUGAAUGGUCGCACAAUGUAUUCACAGUAUGUUUUAGCGGUUGAUAUUUUGUCCGUCUGGCGACUUCGGUUCCCGAGGCGUGAGUUUUGGUCGUGUCGUUGUGUUUGGUUCCUGUCGCCGAGCAGUUUUUCUUUUUACUUUUUGUUGCAGCAAGGAAAGUCGAUCUCUGAGAGUAGUCCGCGUUGAGCUAGAUAACGGUCAGCGGCUGGGAGGUCUGCGUUACCCAGAGCAACUCAUACCGGAAGCUACAUUGUUUCUGAAGGAGCAAAAGUUGCUCGACGCCGUUAUCGUAAGUAAAUAUUGAUCUGUAUAAAGAAAAGUGUAAAAAAUUCUCAUCACACAUUUUUGGCCAAGCACUCGUGUUAAAGAACAGUUCCCGACCGGUCCUUAAUUUUAGCAGCGUUGAACGAUUGAUAACCACCCUCAGUCAUCAUCAAGAACUCCUCUUACCCAAGAGUGACCAACAUUAAUUUUCUCCUAACAGUAAUAUUUAACAAUUAUUCCUCUCGCCUUCAUGGCCUCUGAGUCAAUAGCCCAUGAGGCCGAAGGCCAAAUGGGCUAUCGACUUAGAGGCCAUGAGGGCGAGAGGAAUAAUUUUUUUAGUAAAAUCCAACUAACUGGUCAAAAAUAUCGAGACAAAACAGGUUUAGCUGGUUAAAGCUAGACUUUAAUCCUUUUUUUGCCGCCAAAAAGCCCGCGCUUUUCGCUACUAGUUGGCUAUAACAUAUAGCCUAGUAGUAGCUCAACCAACCAGAACGCAGCAUUGAUAAUAGACCACUAGUUGGAUUUUACUAAAUAGAUUUAGCCAGGGCUAAAAGCGAAGCUCUGGUUAAUAAUACUUAUAAACAAGAAAAAUUAAAACGUGUAAUGCUAAACGGGGACGGCAAUGAAAAUGGCAUCAAGUUUAAUAGAUCUACUUAGCAAAAAAACAAAUUGCACGUGCAGCACGCUUUUUGUCUUUCUUUGCCGUUGUUUUGCACAACUACAACGCUGUUUUGUUGGACUAAAUCGUCAAACUUCCUAGCUACACAUUAUUUUUUAUGGAGGAAUUGUCGUAUGUGCUUACCCAAUAUUUUGUCUCCUGUGUUCAUGUUCCCUUUCAUUUUUCACUGCCCCUCAUUUUCACCUUGCUGGGCGUUCCUUGCUGGCCGCUAGCAUUUCUCAUUGUCUCACCGCCGCUUUGAAUUUUUAUGUUUUUCUUCCUACAAAAUUCGGCUGUAGCUCUUUCUCUGUUAUCCACGUGAAUGUAAACAUCAAAAAUAACAUCGAAAAAUACAUGACUUUGUACUUCUCACUUAGGGCAAAAUGUUGGCUUAGGGGAGGGGUAGGUGGGCAGUUUCCCAGAAGCGUGUAAUGAUCCAUAAUAUCAAUACGUAACCAAGAGAAAAGGUUAUAAGAAUUAAUAAAAUGUAACCAAAAGUUGAUCUUUUACCAAAUUCUCUGUUCUAAUUUUGUAAAGACAUACGUGAAGAAAAAGUCUGAAGAUUUUAUUUGUCUGUGGAUACUGGGUUUUCGUAGUACACAACAGAGAAUAAGUUUUAUUUUAACAUCGCAGCAUGAUCUUGUUACUUAUCUGAUAUUUAUUUCAAAUUAUUAAUAACCUGCGAGUUCAGCCUUCUCUCAUUGCCCCUGUUUCUGGGGACGUUAGCGAGAGUUUGGUUAAAAUUUUUAUCGUGCUUUACUACUGCUUCUAGGCUUCAACUUUGAACCGGGUUAGGUAUUGUUUUGACUUAAACGAUUAUCUUUUUUUUGUUGUUGUUUUUUUCCUUUAUUUUCUAGGACAAACAAAAUGGUGUUUUGAGUUCAACAGAACCUUCUCUUAGACAGCCAUCAAAAGCCAGCCGAGCGUUUGAGGAAGCGGAAACGCCCAUCAACCAAAGGACGUUAACUAAGGCUACUACUCCUCCUGUAACUAUAAAGAAUUUCUUUAAACCGAAGACUGUUGAACGAUCACCUGAGAGUAAUAAAAGUGCAUCAGAACAUCAGGAUGUUAAGGAAAAGAGCGGGGAAAAUGACUGCAAUGAGAUCGAAAAUCAAGAAAUCGAGAACAACGCCAAAAACAGCACGGAUGACAAACAAGCAACGACCAAAGUAAGUAAGAAGGAAGUCAAAUCAAUAUACUUUAAAUCGAAGGGAAGAAAAAAGGAAGAGCUCCCGGAAAAUAAAGGACCUUUCAAAGGUGCUGCUAUGUGUAAUGGUCUUGUGCGCCACCUUUCCGAACCCCUAUCGAAAGAGAACCUUCAAGGAAAAAACUCUUUGAAACGAACUAGUUCUGAAGCGUCGUCAAGGGCGAUUAAGCGACAGAAGCAAUCGAGUAUUUUGUCUUCGUUUGGGAAAAAGAGUGACAAAGAUUCUAAGGACCAAAUGGAGAAGGAAAUUCUCUGUCCUGUUUGUGGGGAGAAAUUUGCGAGCGGAUUGAAGAAUUCUGAUAUCAACAAACACAUCGACAAUUGUCUCAGUAAAUGA